CACAGAAAUUGAGCAAAUUUAUCAAAAUGUGCUGUUUACUGCUGUUUCUUAUUUCGAUCUCAUAUUUGGACGUCAUUAGCUCAUUGUCUGGCCAUGAACGUCAUGUGAAGGACAAUGAUUUACUGGUCAAUUGUGGCAAAGAUCUGGGUCUCCCAAAGAUAACGCCCUGCAUGGACUCACUUAAACUGGAAUCCCGCACAAAUUAUACGCUUCUUUGCGAGGCCAGAGAACGUAUUGAAUGGUAUUUUUUGUAUAAGAAUAUUGGGAUACUCGAAGUCAUUGACCAUAUUGAAGAUCCGGAGCGACCCUUUGGCAUUAAGAUCCAUUUGAUGUCGGUUAAUGUUUUUAAUGUGGGCGCCUAUUAUUGCAUCAAGUCCUCGAUGAGACCCACAGCAGAAACGUGGUCGGAGGAGACACUAACUGAAUUGGUUAACAACAACGAUGCUAGCACAAUCUACGUUUAUGUGAAUGACACGCAAAAUUUACUUGUGCCCUUAGAGACUUCAUUAUUAGAUGCUCGACAGUUCACGAAUGUAACUGUUCCCUGCAAGCCGGCAAUGCCUGAAACGGAGGUAAUACUGAAAUCAUACGGAAGGCAUAAAAAGGAAAUUUCCAGUAAGUUUUUCGGUGGAUACGACCCAAAGCGCGGAUUCAUUAUGGAAAUAGGAAGCGCUACCGAUGAUGACGAAUUUUAUUGCAAGCACAAUACACUGUCUCGGCAUUCUACUAUUGGUAUCUCGAUUUUCAUACGCUUUAUUGACCAAAUACCAAAAUCAAGUUAUCUUGAAGUGUGGCAGCCCUUCAAUCAAUAUACUUUUCACGAGGUCGCCAAUACAACGAUACGGAUGACAGUCAGCUAUAAAGGCUUUCCACAGCCCACAUUCAGGUGGUACAAGCCCAACGACAUUGAGGUCCGGGAAUCCGAACAAAACUUUACGAUAAUCACCACUGUGUCUAACACCACACUGCAACUCUUAAGUGCUCAGAUAGAACACAGCGGCACCUACAGUCUCAAGGUCACCAAUGGCAUCGAUGUCAGAGGACUGUACUUUAAUGUGAGAGUCUCAUCAGGCCCAGUUCUCAGAAUGAAUGUUGCCUACGAUGUGAGUCCAGGCAUCGAAGCGUUGUUUACCUGUACCGUUCGAUCAUUCCCACUAGCUGUAAUGACAUUCCUAUUUAAGCCGUGUAGCCUAAAGCCUCGUUGGCCCUCCUGUGCGGUUGAGUCACAAGAAUUUGAUGUAGAAACAUAUCCUUAUAAACAGUAUAUAUCUCUAACUCGCAUUACUGGAAAAUCAAGAGAAGAGUUUGCACAGGAUGUGGUCUUCACACCCAAAGAACCUGGAAUUAUCUUAUGUGUUGCGCAAAAUGUUGUGAACCAUAAUUUAGUUACUUCCGUGGCCAGCGCAUAUGUACGCAUAGUUGAUAUAGCGGAAAACAUUAGCAUUGGCGGGCUAGACCGGAGGCGUAAAAUAACCAACGGUGACCAAGUGACUCUAACUUGUGGUGCGUCGGCAUAUUAUUUUGAUGAUCACUUGAAAUGGUAUCACGAUGGCAAAUUGGUCAUCGAAACUCCAGAUAUCACCAUGGAGACCAACAGCACGGAUUAUUCUUACAAAAAGUCGAUUAAAUUCCGUGCAAUUUCCGAUGUGAAUAAUGGAAUCUAUACGUGUCGUGCACGAUACAAUAAUGAAUCGGAUAAAUACGCCCAUCGCGAGAUCCUUGUCAAUGUACACGAUUCAAUGAAGCCGCAGUGGGACUCCACGAAUUUAAAUGCCAAGUCGAAGAUUGAACGGAAGUUGGGUGAUAGUUUGGAUCUGUAUUGCAAAUCGAAGGCCAUGCCGACGGCAACUGUGAGAUGGUAUAGGGACGAAGAGGAGUUACAAGAGACGCGUCACAUCCUCAUUUCGGAAGACGAGACGACACUGCAGAUUCCGAUUCUCCAUCCCAGAGACUAUGGCAUCUUCAGGUGUGUAGUAGAGAAUCGAUUAGGCAGCAUUGAGAACUCCGUCACUGUGGUGAUUACUGACCUACCUGGCGUAAGCCUAUAUUGGAUUUGGACGGGUGCUACGUUUUUUAUUGCCCUGAUUGCAUUGUGCGCCUAUCUGGCCAUUAGCUUUUGUAAGGAGCGCAAACGUCAUCUGGCAUUGAAGGCCGCUGGCCUGGUCAACUUCGAUGAGGGCGCUGUGGAGCAGAUUAAUCCCGAGCUACCGUUGGAUGAGCAAGCGGAACUGCUGCCCUACGAUCGUCGAUUCGAGUUUCCACGCGAAAAACUGAAGCUGGGCAAACAACUGGGCGCUGGUGCCUUUGGUGUGGUGCUCCAGGGCGAGGCCCGAGGCAUCCGGAGCAAUGAAGCCGUCUCCACAGUCGCUGUCAAAAUGGUUAAGAGCACCACCGACGCGGAAGUGGUGCGUGCACUGGUCUCGGAAUUGAAGAUCAUGGUGCACUUGGGUCAACAUUUAAAUGUUGUAAAUCUGCUGGGUGCCGUCACCAAGAAUAUUAACAAACUCGAGCUUAUGGUCAUUGUGGAGUAUUGUCGUUUUGGGAAUAUUCAAAACUUUCUGCUUCAUAACCGCAAGUGCUUCAUCAAUCAGAUUAAUCCCAUCAAUGAUCGAAUUGAUGUGAACAUCUUGAAACAACCCAGCUCUGACAACUUUAAUCAGCUUCGUGAUGGUAAUUGUGUUGGUAGUGCUGUUGGCUUAAUGUAUGCUGAUGUCGGUUUCCCGGACUAUCCAUAUGCUCAAAAUCACCGCAAAAAUUUCGAUAAUGAUCCACGCUCUGACACACAAUCCGGCCGUACCACAUUCGAUGAUUGUAAUAUGAGCACUUGCGUUACACAGUCUACUGUUCAAGAGGAUGAUAAUCAUGUGAUGUCCAAUAACUCGAUACAGUCAGUUUGUUGCUCCAAUUACAACACAGAUUUAACGGAGACGAUGAUGGUGAGUACCACAGAUUUGGUCAUCUGGGCUUUCCAGGUGGCACGUGGCAUGGACUAUUUAUCCUCUAAGAAGGUGCUCCAUGGCGAUCUCGCUGCCAGGAACAUUCUUCUCUGCGAGGACAAUGUCGUCAAAAUCUGUGACUUUGGUCUGGCACGCUCCAUGUACAGGGACAACAACUAUAAGAAAUCUGAAAAUCGUAAACUGCCCAUCAAGUGGCUGGCGCUGGAAUCCCUAAGCGAUCGUGUGUUUAGCACCUACAGCGAUGUUUGGUCCUUUGGCAUUGUGCUUUGGGAGUUCUUCUCGCUAGCGAAGGUUCCAUAUCCUGGUAUUGAACCCAAUCAGGAGUUCUUCAACAAUUUGAAGCAUGGCUAUCGCAUGGAGAAGCCGCCUUAUGCGAACCAAGACCUCUAUGAGAUAAUGCUGGAGUGUUGGCGAAAGAGUCCUGAGAGCAGACCUCUGUUCGGUGAACUGGAAAAACGUUUUGCAAAAAUGUUAGGCAAGGAUUUGGCAAACCACUAUAUGGAUAUGAACGAUCCUUAUAUGCGCUCGAACUCAGAGUACAUGAAGAAUCAACCCAUAGACUAUUUGUCAAUGAUGGGAUCACCAGAUGAGUUUGCAUCUUCCGCACCACGUUAUGUCAAUGGUCACAUAAUGUCCAAUAUAGGAAGUGCAGAAUCGUCCGAUGAUUAUCUACAAACGAAUGCAGUCGAUCAAGCGCCCGAGGAGAUUCCAAUGUUACUUCGAUCAUCCUUAUCAUAUGGCGAACGGAGUCCCGAGCAAGUAAGCAGAUUCCCUCAGGCCUUAAAGCAAUAUGCGACGUCAACCCCCUUACCAAGUAAACCCCUCAAUGUAGAUUGCGAAAUUUAUGUGAAGGUGAAGAAUCCACGUGAAAAUCUUGCCAACAAAGCUGCACACGGGAAAAUCAACACAGAUACCUUUUCGAAUCCCAGCUACCAGCCGCUAACAGUUGUUAACGAGAAUGAGGAGCGAAGGAGCUUCUUUGAGGUCAGAAAUAAGAAAUCAAAAAAUAGUUAAAAAAUUAAAUAGUUAGUCGACUCGAUUUUUGACUCCAAGAAA